AUGGGCGAGCCGAACAUGCAGAUGGACUCAGUAGGGAGCGAAGACACAGGAUCUGAGUACGGGUAUGAUGAACAUGAGACCGAGACAUUCUACGUCACCGUCGACCUCUCGUCUGCUGCUCCCUUGCGAGCCCGGAACAAACCCCACAAAGCAGCUCCAGCAAAGUCACAAGAGCCCCCAAAUACUGUCAAUGAUGAGUCCGCCGGCGCUCUAUCCCAAGAUGAAGCUCAAGAGCCUCAAACGCGGCCUGAGAGCUCAAAAUCCACCUCUCGCGCCCCCAAGACCAAUCUACGAGCAAACCAAAUACAAAUUCUCGACCUACACACCACAAACCCCAUGAUAUCCUACCAGAACCAGCUCUACACCUGUUCGUGGGGCACGGCUCUGGGAACGGACAUCAUCCUCGCACCCAAAUAUCCCUCCCCUGAAACCCCCAUCACCCGUCCACUCGCAGAUGCCCACGACCCAACGAGACCCGAAGCCACAGUCCUAGCAACAACCAAUAUCCGCCUCUCCGGGCGCCCCAUAGAGGCUAUUCCCCGCCCCGAAGCACCCUCAGCUCCCACUCCUCUCCCCACCUCUCUCCCGGCCUCCACCAUCUCGCUACCACACCAGCCCACACUCCCACCAGCCAACCAUACCAGCACAGUCAAGCAUCUCGACCCGGGCCCCAACGCCUCCAAAGCCCGCACAAACCAAGCCGCCUUUCUCGAGCGCAUAAUGAAGAGCAAACAAGGGAAGGGGGAGACAGACCGCGUGAUCACUAGCUUACCGGCGCCAAAUCGGAAGUUCGAUGAUGAGGGGAACUUGAUCCGUGGACGUGGUGGGAGGAAGGGAAGGCCGAGACGGAGGGGAAGUGGUAGGGGUGGGAGUGGAGGUAGGGGACGCGGAAGGGGCAGGGGAGGAGGAGGGGGAAGUUGGUGGGGAAGGGCGUUGGCUGGGGAUGGGAAGGGGGAGGCGGCUGUGACGCCGAAGGCGUGGGAGGAAUUGGAAGGCGGUGAUGAGCGAACGAGGGAGGACGAGAAUUUAGAGCCCAAGGGUAGCGAUGGGAUGGAGGACAGUAUUGCGGAUGUGGCUGAAGAAGAACGUGAUGGUCAGGAUGCAGAUACCAGUGCAGGUUUGGACGGUAAUGAUGUAGAUAUGACUGACGUCUAG